AUGUCUGAAUUCACUCCAUUCUGGGAACAGCCCAGUCACCCUGAUCGCCUUCAAGUGGUGAAAGGCGACCAGCCCUACAAGUCGGCUGCCUACUCCCUCAUUUCUCUUCCAGCGGGAGCAUUCUUCGCCAAAAUCAGCACCGCUACCUUUGUCGACCAUACGACCUACACCUCAGUCGCCAACGGAAAAGACUCACGCAUCGAGCUCAACUCCGACCUCGUCUAUUGCAAUCAUUCCUGCAAUCCGAGCCUGGUAUUCGACAUGACCCGAUUCGAGGUUCGGGUCUCAGAGGACCGACCCCUGGCUGUGGGUGACGAGCUGAGCUUCUUCUAUCCGAGCACCGAAUGGGAGAUGGUGCAGCCGUUUCGGUGCGAGUGCAGCGCUGGUCCCGAUAAAUGUCUUGGCUUUAUUGCUGGGUCGUCGAGAAUUGAACCUUCUGUCCUCGCAAAGUUUUGGCUGAACGAACAUAUUCGGCAGCUCCUAGAGGUCUCAGCAGAAGCCGACAAACAGCCUUCUUCGUACGCAAUGGAGGCGCCGGUAGUCGAUAGCCCAGGGGCUUAA